GAGCCAUCUGGCGCCUCUGGCGGGCGGCCGCCGCUGACGAGCAGCGGCCGCGCAUCAGUAGGACCAAGGAGCGGCCGCGCGUCAGCGCUCCCACAUGUGGAUGGUGUGAGGGCAGUGCGGACAGAGGGGAGAAGUGGCCGGGGAGCAGCGAGCAGUGGCUGCCGAGCGGCGGAGGGGCCAGAGUAGAGCGCCGGGUGACGAUGGCGCCGAGCCGGGACAACCUGUCGGCGGUGCUGCACAAGGCCCGGGACCUGCGGCUGGAACAGAAGGAGCUGCCCGAACCGGGACCGCAGGACGUGGUGAUCCGGAUCCACAAGGUGGGCAUCUGCGGCUCGGACGUCUACUACUGGCACCGCGGCCGCACGGCGCGAUUCGUCGUCCAGUCGCCGAUGGUACUGGGCCACGAGGCGGCCGGCGUGGUGGAGACGGUCGGCAGCCAGGUCACCCAUCUGAGGCCGGGGGACCGCGUGGCCAUCGAGCCGGGCGUACCGUGCCGGCUGUGCCCCAUCUGUAAGGCGGGCCGCUACAAUGUGUGCCCGGCGGUGCAGUUCUGCGCCACCCCGCCCGUGGACGGAACACUGACCCGGCUGUACCGACACCCGGCCGACUUCUGCUACAAGCUGCCGGACCACGUGUCUCUGGAGGAGGGCGCCCUCCUGGAGCCGCUGACGGUCGCCGUGUACGGCUGCCAGCGCGCCGGCGUCGGGCUCGGCUCACGGGUCCUGGUGUGCGGCGCCGGACCGAUCGGAGUGGUCAGCCUGCUGACGGCCCGCGCCCUGGCAGCCGCCCGCGUCUGUGUUACUGACAUCUCGCCGUCCCGGCUCGAGUUUGCCACCGGCCAGGGCGCGGAUGGCACCGUGCUCAUAGAUGGCGCUAGUGAGGAGGAGCUGGCCGGCCGCGUGGUGGCAGCACUGGGCGGACCACCGACCGCCAUCCUCGAGUGCUGCGGCGCCGCACCCAGCGUGCGGAUGGCGCUCCAGGCGGCGGCUCCGCGCGCAAAGCUGGCGUUCGUGGGUCGCGGGCCGCCCGACAUGGACCUGCCCAUGGUGACGAUAACCGCCAAGGAGCUGGAGAUUAACGGCGUCUUCCGGUACGCCAACUGCUACCCUCUGGCCCUGGACCUGGUGGCGUCCGGACGCGUCCAGCUGGGUCCCCUCGUCACCCACCGGUUCACACUGGAGGAGAGCGAGAGCGCCUUCCAGGCGGCGCUCGACGGACGGGGCAUCAAGAUCAUGAUAUCGGUGCACGACUGAGGUGGGGAGGACGAAGGAGGGGGAGGGGGUGACACUGUCUAGUUUUCUGAUGUUUUAGGGUGGUUGGGGCACAUAAGAAGGAUUCUGGGUAGUCAUAGGGACGUUCUGAUAACACGGUGGCCUCGCAAGUAUGUGUAUUAUGUGGGCAGCACUUCCGCUGAGAAAGCACCGCUGAAUAAUGAAGAUUGAACUUAUCGAUGUUGCUCGCUUUAAGCCGCCCCGGAUUUCGAGCAUUGGAAUGGCCGUCGUCUCCUGUUUAUACGCAAAUGAUUCCCACAAAAAUCGCGUUCAAGUACAUACAUGAAUCGAUGCCCUGCUAUAUGCGAAAACAGCCGUUCCAAUAA